AUGGUCCGCUCGUUUGCUGCUGUCGCGGCCUUUGCCGCCUACCUCGUGGCCGCCGACGCCGCCAACGCCGCGUCAACGCUCCAGCACAAGAACACGAUCUUGGAGCGCCUCCAGCUCGACGGCCAGCUCGAGGCCGGCCUCCCGGACCUCUAUUUUGACAAGCAGAUCCUUGACCACGGCCACGACAACUGCGGUGGCAACACGACGGCGUACUGGAAGCAGCGGUACCACGUCAACGACGAGUUCUACGGCGGCGCCGGGUCGCCCGUGUUCCUCUACAUCCACGGCGAGAACGUCGCCGAGCCCGCGUACAUUACGAGCAAGGGCAUGCACGUUGUCAAGAUGGCGCAGACGCACAAGGCGCUCCUCGUGGCGCUCGAGCACCGCUUCUACGGCAAGUCCCAGCCGACCGCCGACAUGAGCGACGAGAACCUCCAGUACCUCUCGGCCGACAACGCCAUCGGUGACAUUGCGACCUUCCAGGACUUCUUUGUCGGCAACCGCAACAUCUCGGCGGCGUCACCGUGGGUCGCCUUUGGCGGCAGCUACCCCGGUAUGCUCGCGGCCUGGACCAAGCUCCAGCUGCCCAAGCGCUUCGUCGGCUCGGUCGCAAGCUCGGCGCCGAUCGACCUCGUCGCCGACUUCCACCAGUACGCCGACAUUGUCGCUCGCGGCCUCAAGCAGUACGGCGGCGACGAGUGCCUCAACACGCUCCGCGAGGGCCUCAAGCAGGUGCACGCGCUCGUCGAGUCCAAGGACGCGGCCGACGCCGCGACGUUCAAGAAGCUCUUCAAGCCGUGCACGGCGUUCGGCUCGGAGAUGGACAAGAUGCUCUUCGAGCAGUCCCUCAUGGGCACGUACCAGGGCUUUGCGCAGGGCAACGACUACGAAAAGUACGCGCUCAAGCAGGCCUGCGCCGACUUGACGGCCAACAACGGCCUGACGCCGCUCGAGAAGGUCGCCAAGAUCAACCAGCUCUCGUGGAACCCGGAUACGCCGGACGACAACUGCUCGGCGAGCGACUACAUCAACCAGUACGUGAUCUGGCUCAAGAAGACCGAGACAGACACUGUCAACAUUUACCGCCAAUGGACCUACCAGACGUGCGCCGAGUUUGGCUUUGGCCAGACGGGCCUCACGUCUACGUCGCCCUUCUCGGAGCUCAAGUACCUCAGCGCCAAGAACGUCUACUACCAGCUCUGCAAGGACGUGUACGGUAUUGAAAAUUCGGACGCGCGCAUCGCGGCCAAGAUGGCGACCUUCCACGGCCUCGAUAUCAACGUCGAGAACGUCAUCUUCCCCAGCGGCACGCUCGACCCGUGGUCGGCCCUCGCCCCCGACAACUCGACGCACCUCGCCAACCCCAAGUCCAAGGUCGUCUAUAUCGAAGGCACGUCGCACUGUGCCGACAUGAGCGCGCCGCGCCCGGCGGACUCGGGCCACAUGGUCUGGGCCCACCAGCAAAUCGAAGCCGCCGUUGCCAGCUACGUCGGCAAGUAAGCGUUUCAAGUAGCGUGGAUACUCACCCAUACGUGGUUGAAAAAUAUAUAAGUUUCAAGUUUAGG